CGAGGAGGCGGGAUAAAAGAGCGAGGCCGAAGGUAGGCUGGCAGAUACGUUCGGUAGCUUACUUCUUUCUGCUCGUGGACGCCGCCGAGUUAGCAUCGUUGACGUCUCCCCCCACCCUCCACUGCCGUUAUGUCUAAGUCAGAGUCACCCAAAGAGCCCGAACAGCUGCGGAAGCUCUUCAUCGGAGGUUUGAGCUUUGAAACAACCGAUGAGAGUCUGAGGAGCCAUUUUGAGCAGUGGGGAACGCUCACAGAUUGUGUGGUAAUGAGGGAUCCAAACACCAAACGCUCCAGAGGCUUCGGGUUUGUCACAUAUGCCACUGUGGAGGAGGUGGAUGCGGCCAUGAAUGCAAGGCCACACAAGGUGGAUGGAAGAGUUGUGGAACCAAAGAGGGCCGUCUCAAGAGAAGAUUCUCAAAGACCUGGUGCCCACUUAACUGUGAAAAAGAUUUUUGUUGGUGGCAUUAAAGAAGAUACUGAAGAACAUCAUCUAAGAGAUUAUUUUGAACAGUAUGGGAAAAUUGAAGUGAUUGAAAUCAUGACUGACCGAGGCAGUGGCAAAAAGAGAGGCUUUGCUUUUGUAACCUUUGAUGAUCAUGACUCUGUAGACAAGAUUGUCAUUCAGAAAUACCACACUGUGAAUGGCCACAACUGUGAAGUAAGGAAAGCCCUAUCUAAGCAAGAGAUGGCUAGUGCUUCAUCCAGCCAAAGAGGUCGAAGUGGUUCUGGAAACUUUGGUGGUGGUCGUGGAGGUGGUUUUGGUGGGAAUGACAACUUUGGUCGUGGAGGAAACUUCAGCGGUCGAGGUGGCUUUGGUGGCAGCCGCGGUGGUGGUGGAUAUGGUGGCAGUGGGGAUGGCUAUAAUGGAUUCGGUAAUGAUGGUGGUUAUGGAGGAGGCGGCCCUGGUUACUCUGGAGGAAGCAGAGGCUAUGGAAGUGGUGGACAGGGUUAUGGAAACCAGGGCAGUGGCUAUGGCGGGAGUGACAGCUAUAACAACGGAGGAGGCGGAGGCGGCUUUGGCGGUGGUAGUGGAAGCAAUUUUGGAGGUGGUGGAAGCUACAACGAUUUUGGCAGUUACAACAAUCAGUCUUCAAAUUUUGGACCCAUGAAAGGAGGAAACUUUGGAGGCAGAAGUUCUGGCCCCUAUGGUGGUGGAGGCCAAUACUUUGCCAAACCCCGAAACCAAGGUGGCUAUGGUGGUUCCAGCAGCAGCAGUAGCUAUGGCAGUGGCAGAAGGUUUUGAUUACUGCCAGGAAACAAAGCUUAGCAGGAGAGGAGAGCCAGAGAAGUGACAGGGAAGCUACAGGUUACAACAGAUUUGUGAACUCAGCCAAGCACAGUGGUGGCAGGGCCUAGCUGCUACAAAGAAGACAUGUUUUAGACAAUACUCAUGUGUAUGGGCAAAAAAACUCGAGGACUGUAUUUGUGACUAAUUGUAUAACAGGUUAUUUUAGUUUCUGUUCUGUGGAAAGUGUAAAGCAUUCCAACAAAGGGUUUUAAUGUAGAUUUUUUUUUUUUUUGCACCCAUGCUGUUGAUUGCUAAAUGUAAUAGUCUGAUCGUGACGCUGAAUAAAUGUGUCUUUUUUUUAAA